AUGGAUCGCGCGUACUUGCGCGCGAGGUUAGAUCGAUCCUUCGAGGAGAGUUACGACGUGUUUCCGAUGGUUUCGUUGACGAAUUCGGCGGAGAAUGAGAGCAGGCCUGGAGAGAGGGACUUUGACAAUCUCUCGGGCACAGUCUCGCAGGGUUUGUUGGUCUCUCGAUUUUUUAAGAGAUUGACGAGGAAGUAUUGCGAGGUUGAAACGUGUUUCAUCGACAGCGCGUCGAAUUUGAAGAAGAAGAAGACGAGUAGCGAGAAAGUGCCGUUUCAGUUUUUUAUGCCGAGCCGGACGAGCGCGAGAGAACAUCGGGUGUACGUGGAGUGCGCGAUUGAAAAGAAAAAGGUACCGGCGGUGAAGAUUUGCGCGGACGCGACGAGUUUCGAGAAGAGCGAGUUGCGGUUGAAAUUUUUAGAGGAGGAGGAAGACGAGAGAAGAGCGACGAUGAUGGACGAAAGGGUUUUGAGGGUGUUGCCAGAUGCCGUCCUUAACUAUUUGACGAAAGAAGAGUCGAAUUUUGAGGGAUUCGGUACGGACGAGCAUCAAACUUGCGCGAGGAGAUUUAUUUUAAGAAGGAGUAAAGAGAUGACGACGACGACCGGCAAAGACAGCAUUAACUUUACGGUGGAAGGUGUGGAAGUUGAGCGACCAUUCGUGAGAUACCGCGGGUGUAGGAGUGCUACGGCUGGAUCGAUUACAGAACGAAAUGCCGCGAGCGAGUCGGUGUCGAACGCGUCUUUGGAGAUUACGAGCGUUCGGCCGUUCUCGAUGGCGUUGAAACGUCUCGGCGACUUGAAGGUUGCGUGCCAACGCGCAAACGUUCCCAUUGAGAAUAUGGUGCCAUUUUUCACUCCGAAGACUGGAAAAAAGAGAAAAGCUGCCGAGGCAAUGAAUGGAAUCGAGAAAGAAGAAGUAUCCGUUUUAGACAUUUCUUCUACGCCGCUUUCCGUCAUGGCUAUACCGCGGCUGGAGAAGCAAGCCAUAGUGACUUGUCUUCGUCGCGAGUUGCCUUUAUCACUCGGAUUCUCUAGCGAUGAAGAAUAUUUAGAAUCGUUCGCGGCGUUUCAUCACUUGAGCAUCGAUAAAGGUUCACUCAUUAACCGAACUAUUAAACCAGACGGGGUACAAGCGAAGAAGGAGUAUUAUGGCGUCAGAUACGCCGAUGUAGUGUUUGAGAAUACGACGGAAAGAUGGGUUUAUCCGAUCACUUUGUUGCUUAAACAGAACGGCGCAACCGAAAUAGCUGCGAGAAAUACCGAGGAAUUCUCGCAAUCGUUGAUCGUGAAGAACUUUGCGGAAAGUAUCGAGUCUACGACGCAUUUGGGCAUCUCCGUAUCGUUUUUUCGAGACGAAGAGAACGGUGCAAUAGAACGAGAGGCGAUGGCUAACGAACUUGCUCAUGGUGAUGAUAUUUUGGACGCAAGUGCGAAUCAGAUUUCUAUAGACCCACUCUUACAGGCGCUGCAAACGCACUCGCCGCCGUUUCUCGGGUUUCGCUUGGCCCUGGAUGAGUACAUCGACCCGGUUCUUGAAAAUACUCCAAACACUAGACGACGUUUGCGAAGAGCGUCGUCGAUUUCAGCCGGAGCAAACUUCAACGAUGUCGUGCACGACUUCGGAGGAUUGCUUACGCAAAGUACGAUACCGUUGACGCUUGAUUUAAACCAACCGCUCGCGAUUGAUGAGCAAGAUGGAAUGGACGUGGUUCGGGCGCAACAACGCCACUUUCUAUUGAAUAGCCCGGUUCAAGACGAGGAAGUGGCGAUGGCGUUCACAACGUUGGAUGAGAGGAAGACGAAGAAAGCAAAGACUAUAGUGAAAGCUACAACGAUAAAAACGCCACCGCCGCCCAAAGCACGCGUGCCACACUUUUCUAAAAGUAGCACGAAGACGACGACAAAGCCACCACCAAAGAAGAUGAAAAGUGAAGAAAACAAUUCCUCGACGGAGAGAUUCGAUGCAAUAUCGGAGAUUUUGCGAGACGCAGAGGAGAAAACUCUUCUGUCGAAAAGUGGAGGAUCGAAAUACCUCACCAUAGACGAUUUGCUAUUCUUCUUGGAAUAUUCUGAUCCAAACGUGGGCGCAGACUGUCGCAAAAAGAUUGGGAGGCGAAACGGUUUCAGUCGAGCAGACGUGAUGAAGGUCGUUCUGCAACUCAUUAAGAAAACCGCAAAACGAAAAACAUUUCGCGGAAGGAACGACAGAGUUGCAUGA